AUGUCCUCGACUCUCAGCUCCCCAUCGCCGAACAACAGCAACCUUUUCACGGCGAGCUACGAGAGGACGGACCUCACCGAGGCGCAAAGACAGAUGAGCCUGCUUCUGUUCGGCUUGUGCGUCGCCAUCGCCGCUCUUACCUUCUUAGGAAGUGUUUAUUCUCUCUUCUUUUUCAUUCGGAUGAGGUGGAAAACCAUCCUGUGGCUCAUCGUGGCUUCAAUGUCCGUGGACGACCUGCUCAGCGUGAUACCUCUCUCACUCUUCAUGCUCCUCCAGUGGGAGAGAGAUGGAGAGGGAGGGUCGGUGACCAUAUGCACGUUAUCGGGACUUCUCUAUGUGUUCCAAGGACUCUCCAGCAAUAUGAAGGCUUGCCUUAUCGCAGCCUAUACCUUUUACGUUACCAAGCGAGAAGGAAGCCCUCGGCCGUUAAGGGUGAUGUUGGCGAUAGCAGGGGUGUGGGUAGUCAGCCUGGCCGUCAGUGUACUACCCCUGUGCGGCUGGGGGACUUUCACUCGGCUCUCUCUCGGCUGCUUCCCGGAGAGACGAGGUUUUUACCUUCUGAUCCUUUUCUCAUUGUACUCCGUGUGUUUCUGCGGAUUGGUGAUCUUCUUCGUUCCUCUCACCUACCAGCUUCUGUGUUCCAGAGAGCCACAGGGGACGUUAUACCCGAGCUACUUGGAUAUAGCCAGGGAUCUGAGAGGGGACGGGUCUGCGCCUCUCUGCGAACUCCCGUCCUUCUCUCGGGAUAGCUUGGACAGAAGUUUCAGUACCUACAACGAGCUGAGUCCGGGUGGGUUGGGGAAAGGGUUAGGGGUGCGGGACAAAGUGGAAACAUAUACCUGUUCAAACCCUGCCUCUGACGGUGUACUGAGGGAUGGCGGUACCAUCUGUAACUGGGAAUCCCCGGUGUUCUUUGCACAAAAGCGCUUCUCCAUGAUCCUAGCGGUGGUGAGAGUUGUCUUGUGGAUGCCUAUGAUGACUCUGGUGCUCGUGCGUCUUGCUGUAAACGCCAGCAGUUCAUACCUGGAGGCGGUGGAAACGGUGAGCUUUUUCCUGACCCUGCUGGCGCCUGCCGUCACGCCGGUGUUCAUACUCUCCGAUCGCUGGAUCCACCUUCCGUGCGGCUGCUUCAUCAACUGCCCGCGGGACACAGAGCAUGAGCCCACCGCAAAGAAGAGGUUUGAAUUUAACCUCUCCUUCCAAAAAGGGUACGGAAUAUACAAGAUAUCGCACGCGACCAAACCCCACCGAAACCCGUCCAUCGAGAAGCCUUCCUAUUACAACUUCUUCAACUGCGACUUCACAGAAAACCAGUUUGCCGUGCUGGACAGCUCCGGGGUCGCGAGCCUGCAGGCCGAGCUGGAGUUCAGGACCCCACGUGCAGUGGACAGCUCCCCACUGCGUGAACAUGGCGAGCUGCUUCUCGAGGUAGUGCCAAGUGGAGGAGAGACCCUGGCGCUGGCAGACUGCCUCCAAUUUCCUCACGAUAACCACAGAGACCAGGACCUCACCGACACGUCAUCAGUGUUCGAGGGAACGGAACGGAGACUGUCGCAUGUAGAGUGCAGAAAAAUGGAGCUGAUGGACUGGGAGUGGUGCAGGAGUAAAUCAGAGAGGACCCCCAGACAGAGAUCUGGGGGAGGUCUGGCCCUCCCUCUGUGUGCCUUCCAGGGCACCGUCUCCCUGCAUGCCCCCACAGGGAAGACCCUCUCCCUCUCCACCUACGAGGUCAGCAGCGACGGCCUCACCAUCUCCCCCCACGCCACCAAGAAGGUGGAGGUCUACCGCUCAAAGUCUGUAGGCCACGAGCCCAGUGCAGACGACCCCACCACCGGGGGCCCGGCCGGGGGAGUAGGGACCGAGGUGGAGGUGGCAAUGCGGGACACCAAUGUGAAGAUCCACCUGGAGGUGUUGGAGAUCUGUGACAACGAGGAGGCCACGGACAGCGUGUCCAUCAUCUCUAACAUCAGCCAGUCGUCCACCCACGCCCGCUCCCCGUCGCUGCGCUAUUCUCGGAAGGAGAACCGCUUUGUCUCCUGUGACCUGGGGGAGACAGCCUCCUACUCACUGCUCAUCCCCAACAGUGGCAACCCCGAGGUGGACAACAUCAACAUCAACAUCCCUGACACGGUGGAGGCCCACCGGCAGAACAGUCGCAGGCAGAAACAGGAGACGGGAGGCUACCGCGAGGAGAUACAGCUGCUCAACGAAGCCUACAGGAAGCAGGAAGAGGACAGAGAAGACUGA